AUGGGAAGAGGAACAAGAGGAACAAGAAUUGCUGGAGUUUCUAGGAGAGUUCUAUCUAGAGGAGGUCGUGGUGGCCCAACUCAAGUUAGGGGAGCGCUUUCUACUGAUUCGGCAGUGACCCUUCAGGUUACUUGUGGAUAUUGUGGGAAACCCAAUCACUCCGAGAAUGACUGUUGGAGAAAGUCGGGGAAGUGUUUAUUUUGUGGUUGUGCUGAACAUCAAGUCGCGAAUUGUCCGAAGACACAAAAAAUGGGAAGUAACACUCAGAGGCCAGAAAAGUCAACCUCUAAGCAGACCAGUGCUGGAAGAAGUCGACCGAAAGUGCCGACUAGAGUUUAUGCCCUGGACUAUCAGCAGGUUCCUGAGGCGACUGAAGUGGUUGAAGGUUAA